UGCGCAUGUGCAAGAAGAGUGACCGAAUAGGAACCAAGAUCAUCGAACACAUUCCGGCCGUCUCUUUUCACUCGACUGGCCAUGAUUCUGAGCGCCGUAUCGAAGGCAGCCGCUGGGGCUCUAAGAGUCGCCAAGCCCUCUCUUCUACAAAAUGAAGUAGCGAAAGUGACAACCUCCCUCGCUGUGAAUAGGAGGGAUUAUGCAGCCAAAGCUGCAGCUGCAUCCAAAGCUGGUGCGCAAGGGAAGGUAGUCGCUGUCAUCGGUGCUGUUGUUGAUGUACAGUUUGAAGAUGCCCUUCCACCUAUCCUCAAUGCCUUGGAGGUACAAAAUCGCACACCCAGGCUGGUGCUUGAGGUCGCCCAGCAUCUUGGAGAAAACACAGUGCGAACGAUUGCCAUGGACGGUACGGAAGGUUUGGUACGUGGUCAAAAUGUCUUCGACUCCGGAUAUCCCAUUCGUAUUCCCGUGGGAGCGGAAACUCUGGGCCGCAUUAUCAACGUCAUUGGUGAGCCCAUCGAUGAGCGCGGACCCAUUCCCACGGACAAGCUGGCCGCUAUUCACGCGGAUGCUCCCGAAUUCGUAGAGAUGUCCGUCGAGCAAGAAAUCCUGGUCACAGGCAUCAAGGUCGUGGACCUGCUGGCUCCCUAUGCUAAGGGUGGAAAAAUCGGUUUGUUCGGCGGUGCUGGAGUCGGCAAGACUGUACUCAUUAUGGAACUGAUCAACAACGUAGCCAAAGCUCAUGGUGGUUAUUCGGUGUUCGCCGGCGUCGGUGAAAGAACACGCGAAGGCAACGAUCUGUACCACGAGAUGAUUGAAUCUGGUGUAAUUUCCCUUAAAGACAAAACCUCUAAGGUAGCGCUGGUGUACGGACAGAUGAACGAGCCGCCGGGCGCCCGUGCCCGUGUAGCCCUCACUGGACUUACCGUGGCCGAGUAUUUCCGUGAUCAGGAGGGUCAGGACGUACUGUUGUUCAUCGAUAACAUCUUCAGGUUCACCCAAGCCGGUUCCGAGGUAUCCGCCUUGCUGGGUCGUAUUCCAUCUGCCGUAGGUUACCAACCCACAUUGGCAACUGACAUGGGUACCAUGCAGGAACGUAUUACGACAACGAAGAAGGGAUCCAUUACAUCUGUGCAAGCCAUUUACGUGCCCGCUGACGACUUGACCGAUCCUGCCCCUGCCACCACCUUCGCUCACUUGGACGCCACCACUGUAUUAUCGCGUGCCAUCGCCGAGUUAGGUAUUUACCCGGCCGUCGACCCUCUCGACUCCACGUCACGUAUCAUGGACCCCAACAUCAUAGGCGCUGAACAUUACAACAUCGCUCGUGGCGUACAGAAAAUUCUUCAGGACUACAAAUCGCUUCAGGAUAUCAUUGCCAUCUUGGGUAUGGACGAGUUGUCGGAAGAGGACAAACUGACAGUUGCACGUGCACGCAAAAUUCAAAGAUUCUUGUCCCAGCCAUUCCAGGUUGCCGAGGUAUUCACCGGCCACGCCGGCAAAUUAGUACCAUUGCAGGAAACCAUCAAGGGAUUCCAAAAGAUCUUGGGGGGAGAGUUGGAUCAUUUACCGGAAGUAGCGUUCUACAUGGUUGGCCCGAUCGAAGAAGUAGUUACGAAAGCAGAAUCGUUGGCCAAACAAUAAAUUAACUUACAUUCAUUGUAAAGUGUCAUUAAAGAUUUAUUCGCUCAUCAUGCGUAUGCGAAAGCGAUCUUUCGAUGAAACUUGCAUUCUCCUCUCUCUUCAUACAAUCUUUAUUGCGUUUUAAUUUCCCAAAUAGAACUUCAAUAAUGAAAUGCUAAAAGCGAUUAAAAGAUACCUUUUAAGCAUCGUCCUUGCAAUAUGAUGAUACAAUUAUAUUAUUGUAAUAAACUAUUUUUUAAUAUUGUCAAGGUUUGCUAUGCAAACAGAAUUGAAAGGUCGCUUUGCCUUUUCUGUUUCUCUCUUUGGUAUAAAAAUUUAUUAGAAAUGGCAGGAAAAUCGAUGACAAGAGCAUCCUAGUUAGGACGCAUAUCACAACAUGUUAUACAUCUCAACCUCCUUUCUUCAUAAACUUAAUUGGUAAUAGUGUUAUUACUAAUUAACAUAUACCAUCGAGUUACAGUGUAUAUGUUAGAUAUUAAUAAAAGUUUUACAAAAACAUA